UUCCGUUAGCUUGACGCCGGUCUGCGGUGAUAACGGAGACACAGAUUCCUCCUGAAACACCGGCCACAUUUGGCAUUUCCCAGCCGGUAAACUGCCUGAGAUGAAAGAUGAGAGGAUUUAACGGAGACUAACGGACCCGCAGGGCUUGAAAAGUCUUCGCCAUGCUCACUCAACCGCUGAACCUGAGUGACAGUGAGAGGGGGCGGGGCCUGCCCGCCGUGACCCCACCCCCUGGCCUCCCACUGGCUGGUGAGGAGGAGACGCAGACAGCUCCUCCUCCCUCCUCUUGCUCCUCCUCUUCUGUCACUCCUCCUCCACCUCCUGCGGCCCUCCUCAAUCCUCUUCCACCUCCUCCAUCUUCUGUCUCUUUUCCUCCUCCUGUCUUUCUUACUCAUUGUACUUCUCCCACCUCCUCUCCCUUUUCUCCUCCUCCUUCCUCCACUCCUCCUGUCCCUCUGUCCCUCCUUCCCCCACCACCUCCUGCUCCUUCUGUUUCUCCUCCGUCCCUCCAUCCUCUUCCUCCUGCCUUGUUGUGUCCUCGUUCAGUCUGCACUCCUCCUUCUGCUCCUCCUAUCUCUCCUACUCCUUUCAUUUCAUCUUCUCUUCCUGUUUCUCCUCCUCCUGUUGCUCCUUCUCUUUCUCCUCCUCUUUGUUCUAACCUCCCUACUCUCCCUUCUUCCUCCUCCUCUACCCCUCCUCCUCUCCUUCAUCACCACUCUUCACCUCUCAUUUCUCCUCCUUCUGCUAUAUGUGGUCCUGUGCAUCCCCUCUCCUCUUCACUUCCUGGUCUUCCUCCUCCUCCUCCUCCCUGCUGCCCCUGCUCCUCCCUCCUGCCUCGCCUCCUCUCAGCUCACCGGUUGGAGGUGCGACGCCUCCUGCGAGGAGCUCUGGCCUCCCUCGGCCGUCGCCUGGACUCUCUGGAGAGGAGCAGCAGGAGGAAGAAGAGGAGCAGGCAGAGAGGAGGAGGAGGAGUGUCCGGUCCUGCGGGUGCGACUGCCUCCUCCUGCAGCCCCGCCCACCUCCCACAUGUUCCCACCUCCUCUUCAUCUUCAGACAGCGAGGACUCACCCACGCCUCCUCUCUCCUCUAGUUUGAGCCAAUCAGAGCAGAGUUGGAGGAGCAGAGGGGAGGAGGAGGGGGAGUGGAGGGGGAGGAAAAGGAGGAGGAAGAACCACAGAGGAAGAGAGACACGUGUUCUUCCAGGACACACAGAAGAAGAAGAUGAAGAAGAGGAGGAUGCUGGGAGAUUUGUGGGGCGGAUGGCGGUCUCCUGCGGGGGAGGAGGAGGAACAGAGGAGGAGGCGCCACUCACUCUACGCAACUUUAACCACAGGAAACACAAAAGAAGAGAGGGGGGCGGAGCCAGCCAAUUAGAGAAGGCCGUUAGUGUCAUCAGGCAGAAGAACGGUUACAGAGCGCCGCUGCUGGCGCACAGCGUCUCUGCCUCCUCUUCCCAGCAUGCAUUGCACCUCCUAGAGCCAGCCCACAGUGGUCAGACCUGCGGCCAGUCAGAAGCACUGAGAGUCUCUUCAGGCCAAUGGUGUUUCUCUGACUUCAUCCCGCCCCUCUCCUCCAAUCACAGUGCUGUCCACCUAUGGCUCUACCCCUCCUCCUUUAGCCCCGCCCCCAUGCUGAGGCUAUCAGCUGUUGCCAUGGAGAUGAUGUGCGAGUCAGUUGUGGGCGGAGCUUGCGGUGGUCUUCUGCGGCCCCUGAAGGACUGGACGGCCCCGCCCAGUCUCAGCAGCGACCACUGCUACGUGCGGACGUCUUCCCUGACGUUUCCCGCCCGGCGACAGCAGAAGCAGCGGGCCAAUCACAGCACCCGGAGCAUCCUCUUACCCCAGCGAUGGCCCCCUCUCCUCCCCCCGUGUCCAGCCAAUGGGCUGUCUGCUCCGCUCCCCGCUGGCCAAUCAGCAGCGGGUUCUGAGUUCCUCAGCACAAACGGAGAGCGAGGUAAACGAGUCUCUCAGAUACGAAUCCGCCGCGCAUCGCCACGGGAAACGCCGCUCACACCGAUGGGACUGCCAAAGGUCAAAAGGUUAAAGAAGAAAGAGUUCAGUCUGGAGGAGAUUUACACUAACAAGAACUACAAAUCCCCCACCACCAACAGGUAAAAACUACAAAUCCCACCACCAACGGGUAAAAACUACAAUCCCCCACCACCAACGGGUAAAAACUACAAAUCCCCCACCACCAACAGGUAAAAACUACAAAUCCCACCACCAACGGGUAAAAACUACAAAUCCCCCACCACCAACAGGUAAAAACUACA